AUGUCUCCAGAACUCCGGUCCUUUGCAAUGGACCUGGUCGAGUCCAACAUGAAGGAGCUAUACAUGAAGUCAAAGGACGGCUGGUGCAGAGAGGACAAAGAGAAUGAGAUGCAGGAUGUCUCAUCGCGGUACCUCGUUGCCUUUGAUAAAGACGUACCUGUUGCCAUGGUGCACUUCCAGUUUGUCGAGGAAGAGACUAUGACAAGCAGAGAUGUCGAGGUCGCGUACUGUUUCGAGAUCCAGGUCGUGGCUGGAUACCAGCGCCGUGGGAUUGGCGCUUAUUUGAUCGGUCUGCUCGAGAUAAUUGGAAAGACAGCACAGAUGGAGAAGGUCAUGCUGACCGUCUUUAAAGCCAACAAGGACGCGAUCAAGUUUUACAUUAAUCAACUUCAUUAUAUAUACGAUGAGAUCUCACCAUGCAUUUGCCUCACGCGUGGAAGGGCCUCACGAUUUGAUUAUGAGAUCCUUAGCAAGUCAUUGUCCUAA